UUUGUUUGACAGGUCUGAUUUGAUGUGGACAAUUUGUACAAGUAAAAAUUAACUUUGCGCCGUUUAAGCUCCUGUUUGACACAGACGCGGAAAUCCGAAAGAACUGCACAAGCUAUCCCUCUGAGGUUUAACUACAGCUAGACAUGGCACAAAUGGUAGGAGGUAUUGGUGAAUCAAAGGAUGCCACUCCUGAGGUGCAGGGGUAUUGUGAGGAGAUGAAACAGGAGGUACUAAAGAAAUCUGGUAAAGAAUCGUUUGAUAUUUAUGAAGCUGUCACAUACAAAACUCAGCUUGUUGCAGGAACCAAUUAUUUUGUAAAGAUCAAGAUCCACCCGAAUGGAGAAUGUAUUCAUGCUAGAAUUUAUCAGCAACUUCCCCACACUGGAGGGGCAUUAGAAGUGACCAGUGUACAAACCAACAAGCAAGAGGCAGAUGCUGUAGAAUACUUUUAGAUCAGCAGUAGGAAAAUGGAGGAGAUUGGGUUUAUACGAGAACAAGCAGCCAUGCUUAGAUAUAAAUUUUAUAAUGCUUGUCUACCAUCGACACAAUACUCAAAUUCUUUCCAUUAAUCCAGCUAUGCAAAACUGAACAGUGUGUAAAAAUGAAAGAAACUCUUAAUGGUUCAUGGACUGAUUUUCAUUAGUGUGCUAAUUAAUAUAACAUGUAUAAUUGUGCAACUUCUUCAAAUUCAAACUUUAUUUUCUUAAUCAUAGAGGGAGCUUUAUUUAUAUUAAUAUUUACAUGUACUUUUCAAGAAUUUUGAUAGAUAAUACAUUUCAUAUUUACCUAAUAUAUAAAUUAAUCUCUGAAUCUGUUUUAUAGUUGCCCAGCUCCAAAUUUAUGUUAAUUUUUGCCAGGUUUUCUUUUUAAAUUUUGGGAGUACUUUUUAUUUUGUUAAAAAGUUUAAAUAAAGAAUUAAAAUGGGCAGUUGAGGGAGCUCCAGGCAGGAUUUAUUUAUGGAAACACUUGGUUAGUGUGUUCAAAAAUGUUUGGACAAGCUCUGUUCAGCAUUAGUGACACAGUUUUAUUGUUCUGAAUAAUGCUUGUCUACUUGUUUUAUCAUUUUUUUGGUUAAUAUAAAAUGUGUUUACAUGAAGAUUGAAACAGUUUAUCAGUUCAUACUACAGCAGUAGAAAUCAGUCAUUGAAAUUCUAUCAGACAAAGGGAGACAACUUUAAUGGUUGUUUUCGUUCUAUUUAAACUUGUGAUCUGAACUACUCAUCAAAGAAAAUUUCACUACAUUAAAUUUAUUGUUAGAAGCACAUUGUCUAGUCAGCACUUUGAGCUUUCUGUAUGAUGUCAGUGUAUAAAUUGAAAUAUAUCCAGGUGUAUGGGGGUAAGUUUUUAAUUUUAAAGGGGCACACCUGCAGAUUCUUUGAAAUUUAGAAAGUGCUUUCAAUAAAAAGUAAAAAUAAAGUGAUUCAAUGACUCAUUGAAGUUCUAGGCAUUAUUUAUCUAUUAAACAUUUUUUUUGAAGAACAAACUAUUGUUUUUUGAUGCAGUGGUUAGUACAGUAUGCCCUUUAUGAGUUUUAUGAAUGAUAUAAAAAAGAACAUUUAUAAACUGAAGGGAACAAUUUAAUGAUUUACACUGCUAAAUUAUUCUACCACAGGCCACUAUUUUGUUUUCUUUUAUUUUGUUGUCUUACAGCAUUGGAAAAACAUUUUACUGUAUGAGGAAGAAACUUACAUAAAAUAUCUUUUGGUUUUUAUGUGAUUAUUUUUUGGGACAGAGUAUAUAUGAUAAUUGAUUAAUUAUUUUCAAUAUAGACUUUUCUUUGAUUUUAGCAAAAUGGUAGCAUUUUACUUGGUUCAUGAUUCUUUUUUUAACAGCUGGACAAAGUUAAAAGUUUUAUGCCCUGAAGCAGUUAACAUAUAGACGAAUUGGUAUGGCCUAGAGCUGUGUAUUGAGAUAGCACAUAACAGGAUACUAUCCUUUUAUCUUGAAGUUUUAUCUUUAGCGAAGGACAUUUACAAGUACAAAUUGAAGAGAUUUAAAAGUGCAUUUUAUUACUUUUAUGACUGAAACUGAUACACACUUCAAAUACUAAUUAUUGAAUAUAUAUGCCUUGUUGCUUUCAUGUUUGUUAUAUUUGCACAUAUCAUUUAUAAAAUACUGACUUUACAGGCAUUCAAUGCAGUUCUUUUUAUUGUCCAGUUUAAAAAUUUAUAUACCUUACUAGCAGAUGCUAACAGAUUUGAAUGGAACACAAUUCUGUAAACCAUCCAAUAACAAGAAAAUUGUGCAAUAACCAAUUAUUGGAACAUCAGGGUGUGUCAAUACAGGUUUUGUUGUUCUAAAUUUAUUUGCAUACAGUAACUAAUUUUGUUCGUUUAGUAUUUUUACCUUUGUGACCAGUGCAGACCAA